AUGCGUGUGGCAAUCGCUGGCUACGGCGACCUGACUCGCUACAUGUGUGAAGAGUUUGUCAAAGCCGGCCAUGUACUCGUUAUCCUGACGCGAAGCUACAAGCCCCAGCUCGAGAGCCAAGGUGUCGCUCAGGCCAUCACGGACUAUUUCCCAUCGUCUCUGAAAGCUCCGCUGGCCGACUGCGAGGUAUUGAUAUCGACAAUCUCAGACACUUCCCCGGCCUAUACCAAGGUCCACAGAAACCUCAUCCUGGCCUGCCAAGAGAGCCCCCGGUGCAAGCGCUUCAUUCCCGCCGAGUUUGCAGCAAAUAUUGAGGCGUAUCCAGAUGAACCUGGCUUCUACUACGCACCACACGAGCCGAUACGCGAGAUGCUCCGGACGCAGACGGAUCUCGAGUGGACGUUGGUUUGUAUCGGCUGGCUAAGUGACUACUUUGUGCCGUCCAAGAACAGAUACAGUAAAGAUAUUGGCGCGUUCCAUCCCAUGAACUGGGCUGAGAACAAGAUCGUAAUCCCGGGCACAGGGAAUGAGCCUGUGGAUUUCACAUGGGCGCGCGACGUUGCGCGAGGGCUGGCAUCCCUAAUCGAGGCACCACGCGGUUCAUGGGAGCCUUAUACCUUCAUGUCAGGAGAGCGCAGCUGCUGGAAUGACGCUGCCAAGCUCUUUGUGCAAAAGUACAGACCUGGGAUCCCGACACAACACGUUUCGUUGCAUACUGUUGCAGGGAUGAUCAAGACGGCGAAAGAUGAGGACGCGGAGGUCCUGGCGGACUAUUACCUGCUGUCUAUCAGCAGGGCAUGCGCGAUGCCCCCGGAUAAGGUUGGAGCUCAUAGAAAGAAGUACUUCCCUGGUGUUCACUUCCGAAGUUUGCGAGACGGACUUUGUCAGCUUGACGAGCAUCCGGGCUCGAUACUUUGA